UUAUAUGUUGGUUUGUUGGUUUGGGUUUUUUUUAACACAACCUGGUUUAAGGAUAAAUUUGAGUUUGCAUUUUAUAACCACAGCACUGCCUAACUGUUAAAACUUAAUCUCUCAUCCAAGGGGGAGGCUUGGCCUUGAAUUUGGGGUUGUGUUGAGGUGCUGGAUGCAGAAUUGUGUUGUUUGUAGCCACUUUUCUGUCAAACGCACAAGUGAAAGCAGAGGGCUUGGCUGGAAGGACAAAUUCGUUCCACCUUGGAGUGUAGUGAGGAUUAUCCAGAGCCUAAGGAGAACAGGUGUAUGGACAGCCUUGAGAUUGAGUCCUUAUUUCCUGAGGAAUUGGCACAUGCUCUUAAGGAAUGUGCCUUUUGACAUUGUGUAUUAAUUCUGAUACAAAUCCAGCAUUACUAGAUAAGGCCAGUAAUCACACACCAGGAUGCAUCUCAUUCAUCUCCCAGUGCAACUGUCACAGCAGAAGCAUCUGGAUUAUAUCCCUGAUUUGCCCCUGUGUAGAGAAAAAUGUUAAAAAUUCACCAUUUAUCUUCACUUAAAAGCUUAACCCCAAAUCCCCUAAAAAUCAGCAAAAAGCCUCCUGGUGGUUUCAGUGAAUUCUGUCUGAGAUCCUGCUCAGAUGUGAACAUGGAACAAAAUAUCUGACUAAAAAUCAUUGUGUCUACAUUAAACAGAAAAUUCUGUUUUCCUGCAGCAAUUCACCUAAAAGACUGAAAAAACCAGAAUAUCUUACAGAAAAACUUUGCUCUUGGAAAUCAGUUGUUUGAGGGUUGAAUUGGACUAACUGAUAGUGGUAGAUUGAUCAUGAUUAGUGAGAGGACUCCAGCAUCGAUAAAUCAGUCAAUCCUGAACUACACAGUGAGUUCCUUGUGCUAAAUCUUAAAGGCUCUGUUAAUUUUUAAAAGAGUUUUAAACUUUUCCCCUAGCUCUGAUUUGGCAUAUUUGGAUGGUUUUUAAUGUUCUGUUUUAAAUAGAAACUCUCAGUUGUGUCUUAAGCUCUGUACAGGGUAGAACAAUUGUUAUUAAAUAUAAAACCCUAAAGUCUGCUUAUUAAUUCUUGAAAGUAAGUGCUCUGGAAGGGUUUGUUCAAAAACAGUUUCUCAAAAUUUGUGUACCUUGGAAAAUGGCCCAGUUAGUUGAAUUUUAGUUUCAUCUUCUGUUCAUACAGUGAUUGAUUCUGACAAGUGAUGGAAGUCACAGUUAAUGACAGCACUGAUCCCUCUGCACCCUCCUUUUCCUUUAGUGACGAGAAUAAUUACACCUAAAACAGAAAUAAAGCCAAUUUUGGGGGAUCAUUUACAAACAGAUCCUGAACUUUAUGAUUCUCUGCAGAAGGCUUUGUGUGAGUAAAUCAAAGGGUAAAACCAUCAUUCUUCCACCUGUCUGUCUGAUAUUGCAGUGCCUGAUGUUAUUGUACCCAGCUCUUCUCAGUUUUGUGUGAGGUGGUACAGGUUACUGGAGAUAAUUGCAUUUUCUGGUCUGCAGUAGGCAGGUAAUGAGGAAUUUUGUGGGUAAACUUGUUUUGAGGGUCAGUCAGUGCCUGUUUUCCUGUAGCACUUUAAGUAAUCAUGUUAAGUUGAUAACAGUUACCUUUCAAAUUGCAGUAAUAGGUCAUUCCUUGUGGCUGUAUUUUUAUUUGGAGCAGGAUUUAGUCUAUUUUGUUCCCAUUUAGACAUCAAAACUUCUGACCCAAAAUGAAACCUUUUGGAGUUACUUUUAUGAAUCAUGUUUGAUAGUAAUUUUUUUCUCCUUUAAGCCACAUACAAAGAAACUGGAAUUGAGGGAGUAAAAAGUGAGUAUGUGGAGGGGGGAAAACUGAUGCUUAGCUGGGUUUUUCAUGGGUACCAUAUUAUUAGUUCAUGGGUGCCAUAUUAUUAGUAGCCAUUCAGAUAUCCUGUGGCCAGAUCCAUGAUGGAAUAACGCCAGAUUCCCUUUCUGAAGGGAAAGCCUGUCUGAACAGAGUAAUCAGAUUUGUGUUUGACACUCUUCAAGUGGAGACGUUUUGGCUCAAAUACCUAAUCAAUAAGGGAGACUCUUCAUGUUUGGACAUGGAGAGUAUCUGUAAAUGUACAAAACUGUGACAUUUUAAACAGAGUGCAAGGCCUGGGAUAUGAGUGAAAGACUGGAGUAUGUUCUGAAUCGUUUCUGCUCUUGUCUAGUCUUGAGGUGAAAUGAAAGUUCUGCAUCCAGCAGGGCGUUUGUGUGUGUGGAAGGACUGAAAUUUGUGUCUGCUCCCCUUGAGAGCCAGACUUCAAAGGUCUGGUGUUUGGUGGCGUCCUUGCCAAAGAACCCAGAGUGACAGAGCUGAUCCCUUCCCUGCUUGUUCUUCUCACCUCCUCCAACAUCAGCACUGACUUAGCCUUCACCUGCUUGUGCAGGAGCAUGAGGCAAAGGGGGGUGGGACUGUCUGAGGAGUCGUUUCCCAUGGGGAAUUCAUGUGGGAAUUAAGCCAUACAGAACACCUUCUCCAUGUGCUACUCCCAGGCUAAUCCACAUGGCACCAAAAACUGAGGCUGUUAUAACAGGGAGCAGCUGUCCCAGGCAUUACUUGAGUGUGGUGCCCCUGCCUUACUGCUCCCAUUUCUCUGCCAAGGAGAGGGCAAUAUUUUCAAAAUCCAGUGUCCAAGUGCUCUCACCAGCCCCUAAGCCUGAGGGUCUGGCACCCAUCCUGCUGGCAGCACCAUCCUCUCCACAGGGACUUCACCCCUCUUUCGUGGGGACUCUGUCCCUGUUGACCCUUUCCCUCCUGUCGGAAUCCCAUGAUCAUCCCUUUGGUCACACUUCUUCUGUGCCAGCACUAUCUGGACACAUCAUUUCCACCCUGGCAGGGUCCAUUUGCUUGUUGUUCUUGCCUUUUCCCAUAUCUGCCCCUUCCUAACCCAUUUUUUCCUGUUUUCUCACCACACACUCUAUAACCUUUUACUUUUCUCCCAUGCUGUUCCUUCUCACGCAUUACUGUUUGUCCAGAAAAUAAGUCAUGCAGAAUGUCAACAUCUCACCAUAUGGAUCCAGCCAUUCCCCACCUUUUUUCCCCACUCUGUUUUUCUGAUUUCCUUCCAAAACAAUUGGCCACUUGCGUUGGAAUAUUCCCUGAUGUUUUGAAAUUGGGAUCUGGCUCUGAGAAGUUACUGAGACAGAAGUGUCUUUGCUGCUGCACAUGAUGUCUCAUCACUGCAGUGCAUCUGGUUUUGGGAUGUGUGUAAGAUGUGCUUUCUAAUAGGUCUUGAUCACAGUGCAUCUUAUUAGGGAUGAAAUACUGCCAAGAUUUUGGAGACUGAAACCCAGAUUCUCCAGGGUUGAUGCUGAAUUACCUAAAAUUAGUGCCUAAACUUGUGGUUAGUAGUAGCUGAAAACUGGGCACACUAUGGUAGGACUUUGCUUCAUUUUUAGGUAAAAUGAUCUGAUUUUAGAGAAGAACAAUGCAUCUGAAAACAACCAUGAAAGAUGUGUGAUGUUCUCUUAUUUAGGAUUUUUUUCCCUUUUAGAGUGGCUGGACUAGGUAGAUGAGGAUCCUUGUCCCCAUUCUCUUAAGUUCACCAGUUUUCAUGAAAAAAUGGUGGCUUUUUUCCAUCAAGUAGAUGAUCUUUAAGGUCUCUUCCACCCCCAACCAUUCCAUGGUUUUAUAUAUAUUAUGGGCAUGAAGUAUCUAAAGUUUCUUUUUGGUGUUGACUGAAACUCAUCACUGAUAUGAAGUAAAAUCCUGUUUCCAUAGCCAAAAGCACAAAAGUUUGAAUUACACCAUUUUAUUGGGUGUUUUUUUCUCUGAGUGCAUGAAUGUCACAAGCUGAACUUCUGCCAGGUUUAGAAACAUCUAAGUUGCUAAAAGGCCUAGGUUUUUUUUUCUUGAAGGCAUUUAUUCAAAAUACCUUCUCAUUUUCUCCCCCAUUUAUCUCUCUUGCCAGUUCUGUUCUGUGAAUUCAUCUCCUCUGGGCUCGAUGACACACUUGAGAAGCUCAGAUUGGUGCCAGGUUUUAGAAAGUGCUUCUGCAAAUAGAUUUCCACCACGACCCCCUUGGGGAAAAAGUAGUGGUAUUUACUUUCUUCUCACUGUGUCUGAGUGGUGCUCUCAUCCUGGUAGGGAUUGUAGGGCUAACAGACUAAACAAGGCUCUUCUUUGGAAUUAAAAGCAAAUCCUGGUUUUCUCAUGGUUAUGACAUCAGCAAAGCAUAACUUUCCAUGACCAGCAGCAUUUGGGCUGUGCCACAGUCCCAUCCAUGCAGGUUUUCACUACAAUCUGAUUUAAGUGUGUGUUCAGCAGGAGGAAAAAUAGAAGGAAAAAGCAAGUCAACCCACUGGAGAGGUGUCUGAGUUACCUUCACUCUUUGUUAUCUUCUGCUCCCUGUAUUUUCCAGCUGUAAUUCCUGUGAGGUCCAGGCAUGAUCUCAGUUUAGUGGAAUUGAGAACCCUGGGUGUUUUCAUUUCUCCAUCUGCCCCAAAGGGUCAUGUUUUGCUAUGUAAAUACCUUCCUUCUUUAGAGUAAGAACAGAGUUUAACCAUGAAAACCUCAUGGAAAGUGUGGUAGGUCUUCCAGCACUAAACCAGGGCUCUGCAAGCUCAGGAGCAUUAGGAGCUCUGUCUUGUUUACUUAUUGUAGGGUUCAUAAAGUAAACAAAAGGGUGGAAAUAAAGCAGAGAUACAGAAGCAUUUCAUAACAAAUAUACUGAUAAGAGGCUGGAAUAAAAAUGGAAGAGGCAGCAGAGGAGAACUUGGAAUGAGCUGUGAUGCUUUGCCAUUCUAACAGGCUAAAAUAAAAGGUGUGGAGGGGACUGUUUGUCCAAGGAAGUAAUAAUAAUCUGUCAUUUUACCAUGAUUCCUACAGGAGAAAACUAAAUUACAGCAGGACUAGAAAAGCAAAAUUUGUCUUAUUUCCUAGACUUGCAGACUGGUUUGGGUUGGAAGGAACCUUAAAGCCCAUCCAGUUCCACCCACUGCCAUGGGCAGGGACACCUUCCACUAGACCAGGUCGCUCCAAGCCCCAACCAGCCUGGCCUUGGACACUUCCACUGUUCUUUUUACAUCCUGUUCUCCCUGGAACCAGGAGUCAUGUUCCCACACACAGGGCUUAGUCAUUUAAAAGAAAAUUAGAUCAAAUGUACUUUAAUUUCUAAGCUGAGAAGGAAAAUAUUUAGGAAAAAAAAGUUUAUUAGAAAACAGGAUUGUCAUUUAAAAUAUUGCAGGAGUGAAGUACAAAGGUGAAUGGAGCAGAUGGGUUUUCUGUACCUCAGAGGCAGCAGAAGUACAAUCUCUGAUGUAAAUGUUACUAUAGUAACUGGUGUUUUUAUUUAAAAGCCCAGUAAAUAGAUAUGUCAAAAUGGAAGUUAAACUACAGAGCCUGCUACUUGAAGGACCACUUUUUUUUUGUCCAACUUGUAUUUUUGCUGCAAUUUCCCCCUUGAAUGCACUCAGCAUCUUCUUCUUGCCAAAUUACACUUCAGCCUUUGGGAAAUAGGCCUCACUAAUGGUGACAGCACUAAUUACCUGGGACCUCUCCUGCAGCCAUGAGAAGGCUUAAAAAGGGAUGAAAAUCCCCUGUAAUGAAUUUUCUAUAGAUCAUUCCCUUCUGCCUCCUUUGAAAGCUUGUUUCUAGCAGCUAGAGCUAUCUAACCAUAAAAAGAAUUAGGAAUAUGUUGUGAAAUAUUAGAUUUUCCUUCUGCCUAUUCCACUGGUGCAGCUGAAUGGGAGAGAAGUGUCCCUUGGAACACUUGGAAAGCCAAGGGUGUUUAGUGCCACUAAGUUUUCCUCCCUUUCUUCCUUCCUCCCACUCCAUGAGCAGCUGCUGUGGAGCUCCCAACCCAGUGCUGUUCCCUGGGGUGGCAGUUCUGCCUUCUCAAAUUAUACUUGGAUUAUAAAGUAAUUACAGAUCUGCAUAAAUGAAGAGUCAUAUCUUUAUGAAUAUCAAGGUUUUAUGCUUUUUAUGCUCAUCCUUUCCAUUUGGAAAACUUCCCUGGGCUUGCUGUGGCAUAAACUUGUGUUGGUUACUUAAAAGAUGAGUAAUUUUGACAAGGGCCUGGAGUGACAGGAUGAGGGGGAAUGGCUUCACACUGGAAGAAAGUAGGUUUAGAUGAGAUAUUGGGAAAGAAUUUGGCUGUGAGGGUGGUGAGGCCCUGGCACAGGUUGCCCAGAGCAGCUGUGGCUGCCCCAUCCCUGGAAGUGUCCAAGGCCGGGUUUGGUGGGGCUUGGAGCGACCUGGAAUAGUGGAAGGUGUCCCUGCUCAUGGCCAGGGGUGGAACAGACUGGGCUUUAAGGUCCUUCCCACCCAAACCAUUCCAUGAUUCUAUGAUCCCUGCAUGCUUUUUGGAAGAGGGAACGUCCCCUCAUAGCAAAUUUGGAAAGUAUCUAAACCAAGAAGUUCACUGGAGAAAUGGUUUAAGGUUAAUACAGUUCUGCAAUAUGAGGCAGGUUUUUCAUUAAUACUAAAUUUAACCCCAAGGGCAGAAAAAGGAGAAGAUCUUCUCAUAUUACACCUUGUUCUUGAUGAUGACAGAAAGUGAGUCAAUGUAUUGAUAUCCCUGUCUUGCUGCAGCACCUCUGCUGUUAAAUGAUGGGAUUCGUUCCUUUGUGCCUCUAAGGUGAAUCACUGUCAACAAGGUUUGGACACCUAACAAGGACUGAUUCUGUCCUGGAAGGUAAAGGUGUGUGCUCUGAGAGUUUCUCCAGCCAAAGCAACACUUAAACCUUUUGUCCUUUCAUGAAACGAGUCCACAGAGAACUUCUGAAUACUGGGGAGGAAUUAAUCCUGCUCUAAAUCAGACAGGUGGAUUAUUUUUGUUAAAUGAAUAGACUUACACCCCCACCUGGCUCUACCCUCCUGUCAGGGAGUUGUAGAAGAGUGAUAAGAUCAGCCUUAGUAGGUCUCCAGAAAAGAUGAUCUAUGAAGACAGAAAGAACUGGACCUUAAGUUUGCACAAAGGAUGAUUGGUAUGAGACAACAAUGUAAGACACAUGAAAGAAUUCUGAAACGAGGAAAUACCUGUCUUCCUAUGUCUAUGAAAAGAGGAUUAAACUUUAGGAAGAUUUAGUUUAGAUAUUAAGGGAGGAAAAAACCCUUUAAAAAUAAAUAAAUAUGCAUGAGUGGAGGCUGCGUAGGGGUUUUUUUUCUGGUUCACUGAACUCUGUGGUACACAGGGAAGUGAAAAAAAACUUGCUCUGUGAAAUGUUUAAGAUGUUCUAACCUAAAUAAAAAGGGGUUUUCUAGUGGUAGCUUUUGACAGCUUUUGCUUGUGCUGUGUAAGUCUGGGACACAAAAACUUCAGUGGUUUCCUAACCUCAGGCACAAGUUGUAUGUGGUCAGAUUUCCCAAACUGAGGUAUUAGAACACAGAAACAUUUUAAAAAUAGAAUUUAUCAAUUAAGAGAUGGUGGUCAUUUUAACAAGGAGCGAAAUUGGCUGAUGCUGCUUUGAGGAAAUGGAUCAUGAAUUACAGAAAGUCAAUAAAUAAAUUAAAGCCAAGCAGUGGUUUUGUUCCAAGAACUGUUUACACCAUUCAAAAAAUAGUUACAGUCUGGUUGCUUGAGAAGAGCUUGCAGUAGGUAAAUAUAAAUAUUUUUCUCCAUACCUCAUGAAGCAGAGAUACUGGUUUUGCAUUUCUUUUAAAAUAAUAUUGCUGAAAAGAAAAAAAAGUUUAAAAACCCCCUCAGCUGCACCCAUCUGGGACUUAUCAGUCUGUGCUUUGCUAGUUCUAAACUCUUGCUGUCUUUUCCAAAAGGAUGAGCACAAGAAAGAUUAAAGGUGCAUUGAAUCAUUAAGGUUAGAAAAGACCUCCAAGAUCAUUGAGUCCGUCUUUUCUAGCAGGGCUCAGUCCUCGACUUUAAGUUCCUUGAAAUAACUUCUGGGUGUUGUUUUUUAAUUGCAAGUUCCUGUUAAAUACGUGGUAUUGCUUUACAUGUAUCAACCCUUUAUUCAUCAGGACAAACACUGAAGUACAGAAGGGCCAAAAUGCAUGUCCCACCGCAGUGCCUGGCAGCUCUUUGAAGGCUGGAACUUUAUUUUCUUCAGUGAAGUGCUGUGCUCUGAAGGGGACAGGUGUUCAGGGAAUCACAGAAUGGUUUAAGUUGGAAAAGUGCUCCAAGUCCAAGUACUGCCAAGGCCCCAUCAAGACGGCAGGGACUCCACCACUGCCCUGGGCAGUAAUUUUCGCAAUACCCAACCUGACCCUCCCCUGGCACACCUUGAGGCCAUUUCCUCUCAUCCUGUCCCUUGUUCCCUGGGAGCAGAGCCUGACCCCCACCUGGCUCCACCCUCCUGUCGGGGAGUUGCAGAGAGCCAGAAGGUCCCCCCUGAGCCUCCUUUUCUCCAGCCUGAGCCCCCCCAGCUCCCUCAGCCGCUCCUGGUGCUCCAGACCCUUCGCCAGCCCCGACGCUCCUUCCCCCGGCCCCCCGUGUGUGUGUGAGGAGCCGUGAGGGGGAGCGGGGCGGGCGGGGCUCCGGGCGAGGCGGGGCGGCUGAAGGGAGCGGGGCUGGGAGAGGUUGAGGGAGCUGGGCUGAGGGGACCAGGGAGAAGCUGAAGGGAGCCGGGGGAGGCCGAGGGAGCUGGCACUGAGCGAUCGGGGUUGAGGGGAGCGCCCGGCCGGGGCUGGGCAGCGGAGCGGUGGCGGCGUCACUUCGGCUGUCGCUCGGUCGGUCGGGACUCCGGGAGCGAAGAGCAGAUCAGCUCUACAAAACAAGAUGUAUUGGCAAAUCAUUCUGACCAUUCUUGUGCUGUUGGACUUCCUUCAAAUGGCAGUUGCCCAUUGUAUGGUCCAUCCAGUUCCUCCCAGGAACUUUACAUUACCCUGUGUGCUGCUGAAUGAGACAUCUUUGAGCCCUUUCUCUGCCGGAGUUGAGAGUUGGUUUGGUUUGAGGAGAGACCAUCGUAGGACAUCUGAAAUCAAGCCUCUAAUGAAUGAAGAAAGUUUUCUGUGUUGCCUUUGGAGUGACAACAACAUUGAUUGUUCUUUGUACAGAGCGAGCCUGCAGGCAAGGAAGUUUAUUCCUUCAGAAAUAAAUAUCUCUGCUUCUCAAGAAAUAGGUUCAAACUGGAACAUGGAAUGUUGGAUUAAAGGCAAGCUGGACCUGUUAGUUUGUAACCUGCGGGUUUUGAGAUUGUAUUUGAGAGAGGACUUGAAGGUUAAUCUUUUUUAUGCUGGCUCAGAGCUGUCCCUGGGAAAUGUGUCCACGAGCUCUCUCCAGGGGACUGUGAGGAUUGCUCAGUGUGAGUGCACUGAGGAUGACACAUGUGAGUGUCUUGUGCCCUCUCUGAGGCUCAACCACACCUACAUCAUGUGGCUGAAGGUGCUGGUUGGUGUGACACCUCUGUGGUCACCUUUGAUGUCAGUCAACCCCGUUGACAUAGUAAAGCCUGAACCUCCUUUGAACCUGCAUCUGGAAAUGACAGAGGGAGGUCAGGUGAAGAUGUGCUGGUCUGAGCCUGCACUGCUGCCAUACCCUGUGCAGUACCAAGUGAGGAUCUCUGCAAAGCCAGGGCACAGCACUUGGCAGAUGGUUCAAGUUGCUCUGGAAGCCUCACUGGCCAUUGACAAUACCCUACUUGAUUCCUCUUACUUGGUUCAAGUGAGGUGCAGGAAUCACCAGGGUCUGGGGUUCUGGAGUGACUGGAGCACACCAUAUGAUCUCAGUUUGGGAGCUGAAGUCCUGUACUUCCCUCCUCAGAUCCUGGCCAGUGCUGGUUCUAAUGUUUCAUUUCACUGCAUCUAUAAAAACAAAAGCAAGAUUGUAGAGCCCCAGGAGGUUGUUUGGUGGCUGAAUUUAGCAGAAGAAAUCCCAGCCAGUCUUUAUACCCUUGUGAGCGAUCGCGUAAGCAAAGUUACUCUUUUCAACUUGAAAGCAACCAAACCUAGAGGAAGUUUCUUCUAUGACACAUUGUACUGUUGUCACCAAAGUAGGGAAUGUCAUCCUAGAUACGCUGAAUUAUAUGUAGUAGAUAUGAAUAUUAAUAUCACCUGUGAAACAGAUGGAUACUUGACUAAAAUGACUUGCAGUUGGUCUGCAAACCCAAACAUGUUACUACUCCCUGGGAGUUCCUUGCAGUUAAGAUACUACAGGAGCCAGAUUUAUUGUUCUGAGUUUCCAAGCCCAUCUCCAGAAUCAGAGGUGAAAGAAUGCCAUUUGCAGAAGAAUCAUUCCUACGAGUGCACAUUUCAGCCUAUUUUCCUUUUAUCUGGAUAUACUCUGUGGAUAGAGUUCAAGCACUUCCUAGGAACACUUGAAUCCUCCCCAGCCUGUGUCAUUCCAGCAGAUGUGGUGAAGCCGCUUCCCCCUUCCAAUAUCAGAGCAGAACUCACCAGGAAUGUGGGGCUGCUGAACGUGAGCUGGACAAACCCUGUGUUUACAAACAGUGAUCUGAAAUUCCAGAUCCGGUACGCAGUGAACAGGGAAGACAUUCCAUGGGAGCUCUAUGAAGUCUCAAACACCCCAAGCAGCUCAGCUGUGAUAGAAGUUGAGGAGCUCUGUGUGGAGUACGUUGUCCAGGUGCGGUGCAGGGAGCUGGAUGGAUCCGGGUACUGGAGCGAUUGGAGCAGACCAGCCCAAACACUUGUACAGGACAUCAGAGCUCCCUUGCAAGGCCCUGAAUUUUGGAGAAUCGUUACCGAAGAUCCAGCAAGGAGGCAGAAGAACGUUACACUCGUGUGGAAGCCACUGAUGAAGAACCACUCGUUGUGCAGCGUGAGCCGAUACAUCAUAAAGCACCAGACACCAGGGAACACCUCCUGGGUGGAAUAUGUUGAUCAUGGCACCACCUGGUCUUUUCCGUGGACUGAGCACACUCACACCAUCACAGUUUUAGCCAUGAAUUCUAUUGGAGUUUCUUCAGUUAAUUUUAAUUUAACUCUCUCACAGCAAAUGAGCACAGUGGAUGCCGUGCGGUCGCUGAGCGCUUACCCCGUGAACAGCACCUGUGUCAUUGUGGUCUGGACUCUCUCACCCCAAAUCUAUAUGAUAACAUCCUUUGUUAUUGAGUGGAAGAACCUUAACAAAGAAGAGGAGACAAAAUGGGUGCGAGUUCCUCCAAAUAUGAGUAAAUAUUACAUUUAUGAUUACUUUAUUCUGAUUGAGAAGUACCAGUUCAGCCUGUACCCUGUGUUUGCUGGAGGAGUUGGCAGAGCCAGAGCAACAGAUCAGUUUAGCAAAGGUGGAUUUGAAAAUGAGAAUAAUGGCAGCCUCUCCGUGGUUCUGCCAAUAGUUAUUUCAACCUCUGUUUUGUUGCUGGGAGUGUUGCUGGUUUCACACCAAAGAAUGAAGAAGCUGCUUUGGGAGGAUGUUCCAAACCCCAAGAAUUGCUCGUGGGCACAAGGAGUUAAUUUUCAGCAGCCUGAAACUUUUGAGCAUCUUUUUACCAAGCACCCUGAAGCCACCUCAUUUGAACCUCUCCUAGAUGCAGAGAUAGUGCUGGAAGACAUCAGUGUCACCAAAGCCUCAGAAAAAGAAGACACACAAGAUUUUUUAGGAAUUGCUUCCACAUUUCCAAACCCCCAAGACUCUGAACGUGACUCUGCUUGCUCGAGCAGCCACUUCAACAGCAGCAGCUCCUCCCAGAGCUCCCAGGAGGUGCAGGGCAGUGGAGGAAUUGACCUCAAAUAUGCGACUGUUGUCGGCAACUCCCGAUCCGAUGGGCUUUGCGAGUGGAAAAUGAAUCCAAGGAGUUGUUUUGAUCGAUGCUUCUUAGCAGAAGAUUCCACGGUUUCAGGUGCCUUCUCCAGUAGCACUUGGGAGGUGGGAAGUGGAGUGUUUCUGGUGUUCCCUGGCUCACCGGGCAGGCAGCCCAGCAAGACCCUGUCCCUUAUCUCUUCAGAGGGAUUUUCAGAGCCUUCUGACCAUGACGAUGCUUUCACGGACAGUCUUGAGCGGAGCCUGUGUUACCUUGGGAUAACACCAUUGGAAAAAAGAGAAAAUGGUAUUUUUCUAACAGAAAGUUCUGAGAUGCUGUGUCAGUUCCAUACAAGGAAUCUGCUCACAGACACGGGAGUUCUUCAGCACACACCGACGGAUGUCCAUGGGUUUAUCCAAAGUAGCCUCAAGCCCAAAGCCAUGGUGCCAUAUGUGCCACAGUUUGGGAUGGCUGCUGCCAAGGGAAAGGAGGCCACAGAGAAAAACUCUGCUGUCAUCACACCAUAAUUUGAGACUACUAGUGGUUUUUUAGGUGUUGAUGCAUUCCCCUGUUUUUCCCUCUCCUGACUUCCUCCAGGAGCUCUCCUCUCUUGGAGCUGGGUUCUAUAUUUAAGUGCCAGGAUUUAAGUAGGAAAAAAUUCCAUUCCUUGACCUGAUUUUCAAAUGUGAGGCCUUCCUUUAGAGAUCUGAUUUUCCAAGUUACCUCAGGUACCAUGUUACCUGUUGCUGGUGCCUGUUAGAGGUGUUAUGUCUGACGACUCCAGUGAAGAAUUGGACUUGAAAUCAGAUUGGGUGCUGUAGACAUUGAGGUGAGAGGCUUUGGGAGAUUCCCAAACACUCCUCAAGGGCUCAGAAGGAUUCAACACCAUCCACCAAAUGAACCCAAUGCCUUUCUUGUACAGUCACUGACUGUCCUUUUGUCUUGGUGUGGGUUCCAUCCAGUUCUGUAGCCUUGGGCUUCUCUCCAUUUCUUGUUGUCCAACAGUUUUCCCCUGGGGAGAGCACGUGUAUUGGCAGCACAGACCCAUGCACACAUCUUCUCUCUGUUUAGGAGUGAAGUGUCUCCUCAAACUGCAUUCAGAGAGCUUGUUCUGGUUUUAGGGUUCACCUGGGGACCCCAAGGAUGAGGGAGCAAGGAGUGACCUAAUAUGUAGACUGAAAUAUUUAUAUGGGAGGUGGUUUUGGGGGGGGAAGCUUCAUUUCACUGGGAAUGACUUGUGACACCAAGUUGAGCUGGAUGUGGUUGGAAGGAAGGGGUCAAGCAGUGAAAGGCUCAGGGAAGCCUCAAGAAGAGGAAGAGAAUAAAAAUUCUUAAGUUUCCAUUAGUUGUGGGUGUUACCUGGAUAAACUGAUGUUUGGAAGUUAAACAUCCACACUUUUGUUGUUGAACACGAGAUUCCAGUACAAAUGGUACUACCAUAAAACUGACAUCUCUCCCAACCACUUUCCUAAGAUUCUGCAGUAGAAAAGACGGGAAUUUGAUCCAAGGACCCUGUAUUUUUGAUCUUGUCUGAACUAACCUGUCUGUAUGGACUUGGAGAAGUCAGUUUGCCUCCACAACCCUGCUCCACUCAGCCAGAAAUCUCCAGGUGGGAGAAAAAUCAGGUCUUGGAGAAGUCAGUUUGCCUCCACAGCCCUACUACAGUCAGUGGGAAAGCUCCAGGUGGGAGGAAAAUCAGGUCUUGCAUUCUGGCUGUAUUUUCUGAGAUAACCAGGUAAAAAAGCCCAUACCUAUUUGCAAGCCAAAUCUGUUGUUUUUGGUUUUUUUUACUUCAUAGUUGGUAAAUAUUUUUGUACAUGUGCCUUUUCAGAGAACUAUUUUGAGGAGCUAAGAAGUAUGAAUUUAUUGUGUAUUCCAAAGCUAAAUCUCUGUGAAACUUAACAGAGGCAAAACCAAAAGUGCAAAACCCAGUGUCAAUAGUAAAAACCAAAGUGAGUGUGAAUUUAAGACCAGCUUAACACAAAACCCAGCUGCUGGUUUUUUUGGACAAGCUGCUGACCUGGCUCUUGUGGGCUGCUUUGUUUCUAAUGUUGACUGUGAUGCAGAUCUGAUGUUCUGGUUUCAAAAAUAUUGUGUGUGGCGAGGGAUUAAAAGAUGUUUUCUGUUGAGGACCCCAAAA